CGACAUGGAAUCUCAAGGAACUCAAUACGUCUGGAUAUUAUCUGUCGGGUGUUGAUUAUGCAACUGUGUCUGGAAGUAUAUUCCUGAAAUCUGACCCUAAAUUUGAAUAUAAUAUUACGGAUCAAUAUGAAACCCUCGUAUCUCAGUCAUUUUUUCCUCAAGAAUUUUUUGGCAAACGAGUUCAAGUAACAGGUUUCGUGAAAUCCAGCAAUGUCAAAGCGACGGCUGGUAUGUUUUUGCAAGUUUAUAGAACGACAAAUUAUACUAUAGCUAUGUCUGACCCACCUAUAAAAGGCAGUGUUAAUUGGCAAAAAGUUAAAAAUGUUUUAGAUGUUCCUCAAGACACAAUCAAAAUUGCCUUUGGUAGUUAUCUAUAUGGUACAGGAAAAAUCUGGAUCUGUGGAUUUAAAUUCGAUAUUGUGGAUUUAGGAGUUCCAAUGACUAAGAGUGAUAUUGUUUCUGGCAGUUUUUAUAAGACCAUUGGAUUAUCAAAUUAUCCAACUGAUCUCUUUGAGCUAACACCUGUUGCAACCGAUAACGUUACUACUAAAACCGAUGUAGGAGUGGUUACAGGUGUCGCAAUAGGUUGUUUUUUUUUUGGAAUAAUCAUGUCUGCAGUUGCACUCAUGGUGUACCGAAGGUAUAAGAUGUACAAACCGAUAAAAUCGAUACCAACGGCGUGA